AGUUCAUACCCUAGAGAUGUCCUCGCACCUGGGGGGUAGCUCUGGUGCGUACCCCAAUGCGCAUGGUCGCCAUUUGCGGGCCAUAUCAAGUCGCCCGAAUCCCCGAAUCCUUGUCAGUAGCUGCAGGAGCAGCGAGUGUUGAGCAUCGUCUGUGCACUUGACCUCAACGAGUGAGCAAAGUGUGUGGUGGCUGUAUAGCUAUUUGUGUUUUGAAUGUUUAAAAGCUAGACCUAGUGCUGGGCCCCCCGAGGCAUGUGACUCUAAUAUACAUAUAUAUUGCAACUAAGGGUAGCUGCAUGAAGCGCCUAUGAGCCUCAAGCACUACAGUGAGCGACACAAUGUCGCGUACUUUAUCAUCAUCUCCUGUCUAUACCACUUUCAGCACUUGCGCACCAUUUGGAGUCUUCCAGCGUCCGGUGGCGCCAUUGUGCUUGACCGACCAUAUUUUGACGAUGUGUCAGCGAGAAAUGUCACAGCCGUUGUUGAUGAAACGGCCAUUUUGAAAUGCCGUGUUAGGAAUCGCGCAAACAGAACGAUAUCUUGGAUGAGAAAGCGUGAUCUUCACAUCCUCACAUCCAAUUCAUUCACAUACACGAGUGAUCAGAGAUUCUCUGUGGAUCAUCCGGCCAACAGUGACGACUGGAAUUUGAAGAUUGAGUAUGCGCAACGGCGCGAUAGUGGCAUUUAUGAGUGCCAAGUUAAUACUGAGCCUAAAAUCAACAUGGCGUUCCACCUUGAGGUCACAGAUCUCAUACGGGCGGCACGCGCCAAAAUCCUCGGUUCCCAGGAGGUACACGUGAAGAAGGGUAGCACAAUUUCCCUAUCGUGCAGUGUUAACGUCCAUGCACCCUCAAUGGCAUGGCUGCACGAUUCGGCCGUGGUGGAUUUUGAUUCAGCACGCGGUGGUAUUAGUUUGGAAACCGAGAAGACCGACACAGGCACAACAUCGAGGUUAAUGCUAACACGGGCAGCCCUACGUGAUUCGGGGAACUACACCUGCCAACCAGCUGGAGCCGUGAGUGCUUCUGUGGUGGUGCACGUGCUGAAUGGUGAACAUCCAGCUGCUAUGCAGACAAGCAGUGCAAGACCCGUACCACCAGUUACCCUCAUCGUCCUGGGGGCCAUGCUCCUGGCCACCCCAUAUCACGCGGGUCCCCUCUGGCUAACGCAGCCCGCGUGAGGGCCCCCAAAAUGUCUUCUCUUUUACUCAAUAAUAAAAAAAUGGUCAUUUGACAGUUAGAAUAAUUAAAA